AGACAACAAGCAGACGUGAAUGCCAAAAAAUGCUCCAGUAAUAAGUUCAAGCCAAAGCAGCCAUCAGAUGUCUCCUAUUACUGCCAGCUUGGACCCCACCAAGAUCCGUAGUCAGUCGGUUCCUGAAGUCCGCCUGACUGCUCCUCCUGCCCAGCCCUUCCCCACAAAUACUAAGAUAUUCAGCAAACCAGUAGAGAUUGUUCAGGAGAAAAUUCAAGUUUCCAGUAAUGGAAUCCAUAGUGUUGAAGAAUUUAUGCCCGAUGGAGAUGAGUUGGACAAGUCUUUUCUUGACGAUUCUCCCACUAACAACAAAGGCCACACAAAGCCAGAUCCAGCUGAUUCAGACAG